GAUAGAACGUAUUGAGACAAUGAAACCAGAGGAGCAAGUAUUAUGUUCUUCAUUGGGGGAAAACCCCUCCCACUCCAGAGCUGUGUGUGUGUUUGUAUGUGUUUAAGAAAGAGAAAGACCGAAAGAGAGAGAGAAAGAGAGAGUGAUUGAGUGUACUGCGUUUGUAAGAUUAGACAGUGGGAGGGGUAGUUUUGAAUAAGCAAAACUCACACCUCUGGGAAAUACACUCAACAUUUUCAGCUUGGCUGCGUGAAGCCGGUGACAAGAAAGGCUACGGCAAACUGCAGAUGACAGCCUACCGUGUGUAACUUAUGUAACUAUUCUAAAGUAGUUUUCCUGUGUCGGUGAUAUCGGUAACCGCAGUUAUCUUGGCCAGAAUGGACAGUGAAGCAAGGGCGAAUGGGGAGGAUAUCACUCUCAACAAACUAGAUGACAUACAAGCAAACCUUGACCGUCUUGACCCCUCUGGAAAGGUGUACUGAAUGAUUAACAUGAAUCACUAUGCCACUAAGAAGAGUGUUGCUCAGAGUAUGCUUGAUGUGGCUCUACUCAUGGCUAACUCAUCCCAGCUAAAGACUGUUCUAUACAUGGAGUCACAGUACAGAUUCUACGAACCUCUCAUAGUACUGCUGUCCAUGUCUAUUACGCUACAGGUUGUCGUGGGACUACUGCUGGUCUUUAUCGUGAAGUAUGAUCUGAAUGAUGUGAGGAAACACUCAAAGCUGAACAUGAUGAACAACACAGCAACAGUAUUUGUUUUCUUCACAGUCUUCAUCAACAUCUUCAUCACUGCGCUAGGCUUUGAGGGUGCUGUUAUAGGACUUCCAGAACCCCAAUCCUUCCUUCUGACCACUGAACAGAACCAGACCGGAGGCAUCUAG